AUGACAGAAACUCAACAGCUUCAAAACUCUAAUGGGUCGAUUCGAUCUCCUGAGAAAAUUCAAGAUACUUUUAGGAGGAUGAAAGUUAAUGAAGACAACAAUAUGGAGCAAUCUAGUCCAUAUCCUGAUCGUCCCGGUGAGCGAGAUUGCCAAUUCUUUCUGAGAACUGGACUUUGUGGCUAUGGAAACAGCUGCCGAUACAAUCAUCCUCCUACUCAUCUUCCACAUGGUGUUAUUUAUCACAGAGAUGAAUUGCCUGAGAGAAUUGGUCAGCCAGACUGUGAGUAUUUUCUGAAGACAGGAGCAUGUAAGUAUGGCGCAACAUGUAAAUAUCACCACCCAAAGGACAGGAAUGGUGCUGGACCCGUGUUGUUCAAUGUUCUCGGUUAUCCUAUGCGACAAGGUGAGAAGUCAUGCCCAUAUUACAUGCAUACAGGAACGUGUAGAUUCGGAGUUGCUUGCAAAUUCCAUCAUCCUCAUCCUAAUCAUCAGCCACUUAAUGGCCACUCUACUUAUGGUAGUGGAUUUCCUUCUGUUGGUUAUCCGUAUGGUGGUGGAUUACCAAUGAUGUCUUUGCCUCCUGCAACAUACGGAGCUAUGCCACGUCCUCAAGUUCCUCAACCUCAGGCCUAUAUGCCCUACAUGGUUGCACCCUCCCAAGGCCUUUGCCUUCCUUCUCAAGCCUGGGCCACUUACAUGGGUGCAGCUAACCCCAUUUAUAACAUGAAUACUCAACCUGACUCCAGUUCUAGUGCAUCGGUGCCUGUGGCCGUGACAUCGCAUCAUCAUCACAAUUUUUCUGAAAGAGCUGAAUGUAGGUUUUUUAUGAACACUGGAACGUGUAAAUACGGAGAUGAUUGCAAAUACAGUCAUCCGAAAGAAAGGAUGUUACAAUCACCACCAAAUCUCUUAAACCCUAUCCUUCUUCCAGCUAGACCAGGACAACCAGCAUGUGGUAGCUUCAAGGUCUACGGUUUCUGCAAGUAUGGAGCAAACUGCAAAUUCGAUCACUCGAUGACACUUAAAUCAGGCUUGACCAUGUCUUCUCUGCCUACCACUGCUUAUGCUCCACCUGUUUCAACUCCUCUGAGAAUCUCAUCGCCACCAAGCAGCUCUGAUUCGAUCACUAUCUCCAAUGGUAAACCCGCUGCAGAGAAUCAAAGCUCGGAGACUGAGAAACAAGACGACAGUCCUGCACAACCGGACAAGUCAGAAGCGAAGGACUCAUCGCCACCAAGCCACUCUGAUUCAACCACCCUGACCAAUGGUAAACCUGAUGUGGAGAAUCCAGUCUCAGAGACUAAGAAACAGGACGAUAACCCUGCAAAACUGGACAAUGCAGAAGUGCAGGAUUCACCCGAAAACUCUUCUUCAUGA